AUGAGCCCCCUGAAUUCAAUUUUCUUUAGAAACGGCACUGUCGUACAUCCUGACUAUUUUUUCAUAAGUGGUUUUGCCGGUAUUCCCUACAUAACAUACUACUAUGUCUUCACAUGCUUUGUGUACGCUGUGACUGUACUGGGAAACACUUUUGUCAUGUUUAUGAUUUACACUGACCACUGUCUUCACAGUCCAAAAUACAUAGCAGUUUUUAAUUUGGCUCUGUGUGACUUGUGUGGAAGUACAGCAUGCAUUCCUCAGUUUAUUGACACCUUACUGUUUAAAUCACAGUUAAUCUCUUUUGAGGCCUGCUUGACUAAUCUGUAUUUUGUUUUCUUUUUUAUUGCUCUACAAUCUUUCACUCUCACCGUCCUGUCCUAUGACAGAUGCGUUGCUAUCUGCUUUCCACUGAGAUACAAUGAGAUUGUGACUAGUAAACUAGUAUUGGUCAUCAUAGCCAUAUUAUGGAUUUUUGCAGGAAUGGCCAUUUUCAUAGGUGUGAUUUUUAUCAACACACUGUCUUUCUGCAAAUCCAAUGUGAUACACAGUUAUUUCUGUGAUCAUGGACCCACAUUUCGUUUGGCAUGCAAUGAUAACACUCCAAGUAUGGUGAUUAAUUGGUCACAUCCUCUUGUGAUUCUCUGGUUUCCAGUACUUUUUAUCACAGGUACAUACAUUUGUAUAGGCAGAGCAUUAAUGAGAAUUGCGGCAGCCUCAGAGCGCCUCAAAGCCAUGAAAACCUGCACCUCUCAUUUAAUCUUGGUGAGCGUGUUUUAUCUUCCUAUCUGUAUCACUGAAGCAAUGGGCCCCUCCAUGCACCACAACACCAGAAUUAUUAACAUGUCUCUGACGACCAUCUUGCCACCUGUGCUGAAUCCAAUCAUUUACACACUGAAGACAGAAGAAUUCAGAGAAUCCAUUAAAAAGCUGUACAGAAGAAAGAAGAUACACGUCACUGUAAGAAAUAAAUAA